ACAGCUCGCGACGGGAAACAGACAGGCUCAGCGCGGCGGAGAGAGAGAGGAGGACAUAUCGCGCAGAUUUCUUCAUUUAAUUUAAAAACAAAAAACAAAAAACAAACAAACAACAACAAAAAAACACGACAUCUUUCUUCAGUAUUGACGUGUUGUUUAUUAAAGACUGAGCGAUGGCCCAGGAGACCAACCAGAGCCCCGUGCCCAUGCUCUGCACCACUGGCUGUGGGUUCUACGGGAACCCCAGGACUAAUGGCAUGUGUUCGGUGUGUUAUAAGGAGCAUAUCUCCAGACAGAAUAGUGGAGGUGUGAGUCCUCUCAGUAACAUGGGUUCUAGCAGUGUAACCAGUAGUCCCACCUCCGAGGCGUCUGCGAUCCAGAUCAUUGAGGCCAGUUUAAACAAUUCCGCGAGUGAAGCAGAGUCGCCCAUCGGGGCCGCCGCAGCACUUCCUGUAACGCAGCAGAUGACCGAGAUGAGCAUUUCCUGCGAAGAGGAGGUGGCAGUGCCUAAAGUAGAAAUUCCAGAACCUGUUGUGACUCAGCCCACGGCCUCCUCUUCCUCGUCGGUGAACGCGGCGGUCGGCGCUGAGACCAAAACCCCUGACGCCUCCAAACCCAAGAAAAACCGAUGCUUCAUGUGCCGCAAGAAGGUCGGCCUUACAGGGUUUGACUGUCGCUGUGGAAACCUCUUCUGUGGACUUCACCGUUACUCAGACAAGCACAACUGCCCGUACGAUUACAAAGCCGAGGCCGCUGCCAAGAUCCGCAAAGAGAACCCCGUGGUGGUGGCUGACAAGAUCCAGAGAAUAUAGAUCACCUGCUCUUCUCUUUGGCUUUGACCUUUUGACCCUCAUUUCCGGGAGAGAUAAUGUGUAAAAUACAAAACAAAGGACUCGCGCUUGACCUGCGAUCUAAAGGACUAUUUUUAUUUUUAAUGACUUUGAUCUUGUUUUUCAGCCGAUGCAUGAGUGGAGUGGUUUUUGUUUUUGUCUUGGGUGUAUGAUGGAGUGGAGGUUAAAAAAAAAAAGGCAGGGGAAAGUGGGUGGGGUUUAGGUCACAUCUCCUCCUGAGAGGUUGGUGUGGUUUUGAGGGAGGUGGUGUUGCGUCUUCGUUAUUGUCGAAGGGUUGUGAUUGUGUGUGUGUGUCUGGUGUCUCGGUGUGGAGAAAGGACACAUGGCCUGAGGGACUUCACAUGACUGUUAUGGUUCUGACCCGAAUGCCGUCAGGGUGGCAGUGCAUGGCUGGCUCAUGUAGCACAAAGAAAAAAGAAAACACCAUGGACACUCUCUCCUUCUUUCCCUCUAGUUUGAAGAGUUCACAUUUUCCUCACGGCAUGACUCCCGGAAGUCUAGCGUUAGCCUUCACAGCGUUCGCGGUGGUUUAUUUGCCUGGGCCUCGGACCGGCCCACAUCACACCCCCCUUUUUGUUUUGGAGUGAUUUUAUUUUUCCUUCUGUUCACGAGUGACACAUCUAUAAAAAUAUUUUUAAAAAGCUCAUUUAGAGAAGCACAGCCGGAUUUAAAUUCUGAGCCUCAGCUGGGCCUUGGUCUUUUAGUCAGAGGCGGGGUUAAAGCGUGACCUGCAUGGCUAGUGAAAUAACUACUAAAGUGUGUUAGGUUUUUAACAGAUACAUGCUCCUAGGUCUUGUUUUUUAAUUAAUAUUCCACAUCUGUACUGAAUGUUGCUUUUUGUUUGAUUUAUAUUGUGUGUGAGUGAGUGAGUGAGUGAGUGAGUGAACUCUCGGUCUGUUGUUUCAGUUCUCCGGUUUGUACAAGCGAACCCCUUAUAUUUAUUACUUGUAUUGCGCAUCUAACCUUGUUACCCAACAUCACAAAACUAUCAUGUAAAUAAAAUGAUGUACAGAGA